UCUUAUUUCACAUUCUGGCCGCGCGAUAGCGCUGUCGAUUCGUCAAACUACGCACGGACCCACUGCAACGGGACAAUGUACCAGUCUGAUUAUGUAGAAUUGCAUGAUGGGAAGGCAAGUUUCAUGGCUUGUCAAGAUGGCUCCUGCGGGUGAAGAAAUGUGAUUGUUGUUGAUUGUAAUUAAUGAGCCUCCGCUGAUGUCGCUCAUUCCCACAUAGCCGGCCAUCCAAACCUGUAGUGACGGUAGACACUGUUACACCAUAUCAUCCCCCAACGAAGGAUAGGAGGGAGGGAUCGGCCCAGCCGAACAGUUUGAAAUCAGCACGCAGUGGAUUGGUAGGAGGAAUAAGAACGCACGGUUGUGAUUUCAUUGCAAGGAACUAAGACAUGGACGCCGCAUUUGAGUCGAUGUCACUAAACUGCACAUUUGUGGACAGAGAGACUAUCGUCUGCAAUGGCACCGUAUUCAGAGAGACGGAACCGCCCCUGGACUUCCAUGAUAAGAUGUUCUGGGUCUACAUUGGAAUCUACUGUGCACUGGUCCUGUUUGCCGGUCUGAUGUCAGGCCUGACCAUGGGCCUGCUGUCCCUGGACAUCCUCAGCCUGCGCGUGCUGGCCGAGGGCGGCAAGCCCCACGAGCAGCGCUACGCCAAGCGCAUCACCCCCAUCGUGGAGCGCCACCACCUCCUACUGGUCACCCUGCUAUUGGCCAACGCUGCCGCCGUGGAGUCCAUGCCCAUAUUUCUGGACAAGGUCACCAAUGAGGUUAUCGCCAUCAUCGUCUCCGUCACAGCAGUGCUGCUCUUUGGAGAAGUUGUACCUCAAGCUGUGUGCACAAGAUACGGGCUUGCGAUCGGAGCCUGGCUAUCACCAUUGGUGAUCCUUUUGAUGAUCAUGUUCUUCCCGAUUGCUUGGCCCAUCUCCAAGGUCUUAGACUGUAUCCUGGGUCAUGAACACGGAACCUUCUUCAGAAGAGCAGAGCUUGGUGCCUUGGUGAGCAUACACAAGGAGAAGCAGGAACAAAAUGAGGAGCCUCUCACAGAAGACGAGGUGCUGAUCAUACAGGGCGCCCUCAGUAUGCGCAGCAAGGUGGUGAAGGACGCGCUGGUGCCACUGGAGAGUAUAUUCAUGCUGGAUGCGCGGAGCCGUAUGGAUGCAGAAUGUAUGGAGAAGGUCUUUGUCAAGGGUCCUUACUCCAGGAUACCAGUUUAUCAGGGUCACCGUGGCAACAUUCUGGGCCUCAUCUUAGUCAAGACCCUGGUUAAAGUCGAUCCCAACACGGCGCCGACCAUCGGGGAGAUUUUCCAGGAGCACGGCCGGACGUUGCCCAAGGUGCCCAGCAACAUGCCCCUGUACGACCUGCUGAAUGAGAUGCAGACGGGGAAAUGCCACAUGGCUGCCGUUGCGUCGUCCCCGGGAGCCGCCGAGCCAAAGUCGCCUCGUGAAGGCGCUGACCAGGUUGACGGUUCCAGUUGGAAGGAGGGGGAGAUCCUGGGCAUCAUCACUCUGGAAGACAUCAUUGAGGAGCUCCUCCAGGAGGAGAUAGUGGACGAGACGGACGAGUACGUGGACGUCCACCGUCGGGUGAGAGUGGCCAGGGCCAAAAUGGCCCGUGCUCAGUCCAGCCAGCAGGAUGCCGGUCACAGAGAAUCUGGGGUGGUCCAACAUCGUACUGCCUCCGUGUCCUGGGGACCAGUGAAAAGCCCUGGGAUCCGAAACGAGCCUGUAUUUCAACCAGGGAAGUACGACUGCUCUGCCAGCGGCCAACAACAGGGUCAAGCAUCAGACAAGGCGAGACCAGCGAGGGAUAAGCCAACUUCUUCCAUAAAUGGAGUUCACGAAGGAGAGGACAGAACAUCCGAUACCACGCCCCUCAUAAGCCUGGAAUGACACCGGCAGUGUUUCUGUGGAUGUGUGAUCCAAAGCAGUUGUAAUGGAUGCAUACAGGAGCUGUAGAGGGCACUGUGGGAUUGACUCCUGACGGACCAGAAAGGGUGCAUCACGUGUGCUUGUGAGGCCAUGAUAGAGCCUCUAAACACCAAUACUUGCUAGACAUUGACAAGUUUAAGCUCAGUGAAAUGGAGUGCCAGCCAAAGUAUCAUGAAGUUCAGUGCAGGGUGUAUUACUUGGCUGGUACUUUGCUCAGCAAAAAAAAUUUUGCUAAGUGGGCAAUCUGCCCAGCAGCUUUGUAUGUAGUAGUAGUGUACAAUGUCAGUUGUUUUGUUAAUGUACAACCAGGUAAGCAGACAUGUGUUAAAAUAGGGUAGUGCCGCCAGUGUUUACAUACAAGGCAUCAGUUUUAACAUUGUAGUGAUAGGUCACGAUCAUCUUUGCAGAAGAGGACAACUUGAGAAUGGUUGUACUUGUAGAGUGAAGGCAGUUGCAGAAUUGUCUCACAUUUGGAAGCAACGUAAAAGGAUGUGCUGAGAUUGAGCCCAUAUGUAAGAUGUCUUCAUCAAGAACUUACCGGUAUGCAACAAUUUUGCAGUUAAUUAAUCUUCAAUGAUGGAUAGAAAGGGCAGCAAGGUGAUGUCAAAACUUUGAAAAAGUUGGACUUGAUUAUUUUGAAGGAAUGUGAUCUUGCUGCAAUUGGAAGCUUAAUUUGAAUGGUAAAUGUAAUCAUGCCCACUAUGAUGUGUUUAUUUUCAUGUGAACAAAACAUUUACAGGUGUAUUUUAAAUAAGUGUGGCAAAAAUAGUUGUUUCCUUACCUUUCAUCCCAGUAUGAUUCCCAGCUUGGUCAACAUAUAGAUCUGGUUUUCAGUCCCUGCCCGAUUCUACGGGUUUUAUCCAGAAUAUAUUCCUCGCAGGUUUUCCUCCCACCUCUAAAACUGUAACUGCUUUUCAUUGUCUCCUCUCCACUUGUAGGUGGAUGUGGGUCAUUAGGGGGGUUGCCGGAGACGCCCAAGUACCGGUAUGCCACUAGCUGCACCACAUUUUGUAUAAACAUCAUCGUACAUAACUAUGGUGUGUGACAUUUCCGCUUUAUUAACCUUCCCUAACCACACAGAAUUCAACACCAGCAAAGUGUGUGAGUUUAUGGCAUUGGUUACUGGUAGCUUACUAUCUGGUGUUGACUUCUGACUGAAUGGGCACUGUGGCCCUCUCACUUUAUUCCCAGCAGUUUGGGAUGGAUAUGCUGCCUGAUGGUGUGUGAGUUUGUUUGAAUAGGUACUGCCUGUCCAUACUCUUUGUACUGUGCAGUGGGCCUGCUGUACCCAAU